ACAGGAAGCAGUGUCUUUAUAGCCAAGCCUCAAGAAUAUACAAAAUUAUUAAUGUGAUUGGUUAUAGAUUAAUUAUAAAAAGACUAUGUUUUAAAAUAAACUUAAGUUGCUGUGUUGUACCCACUAAAUGUUGAACCGCAGCUUUAGCAAGCUCUGACCAACUUUAUCUCAAAGUGUGAACAGAAUAUUGAAAGUUUUCUGAUGUGUUUUAUUUGCUUCUAGUCUUGCUAAAUAUUUAUUUAAAACCCUUAUUACUGGAGGAGUGGCUUAAAUCCUUUCUUAUUUCCUCUUUAGCCAGGAAUCUGGAGUUCUGCCAAUUAGCCUCAACAAAACCUCUUAUAGAAUAAGGCUGGGCCCAUCCUGACUUCUGAUAGAUGAAUCAUCAUUUCCAGCACUUCCUGCUAGUUCUGCCCAAUUAUUUCUUUUGGGGUUCUUGUUUGAGCCCAAAACAAAUGGCUCUGUACUUUCCAUGGCAGAUUUUAAUUAUUUAACUACAUUUCUCUCUCUUCAGAAGUUUUGUUAAUCUUGUUUUCAGUCUUCAGAAGUUUUGUUAAUCUUGUUAUUGUUUGUGUAAAUCUUGAGGACAAUUUUUUUUAGAGAAAGCAGUGAGAACAUAGCACUGUUUCCCCAGGGGGAUAUCUAGCAACAGCAGAAGAAAGAAACUAUUUGCACAUACAGCCAUCAUGUCCACAGAGGAAUUGACAAGAAGACUUAAAGAAGAACUGAUCUGCUCCAUUUGCUUGGAUCGUUUCCAUGAUCCAGUCUCCAUACACUGUGGGCACACCUUCUGCCAAGCUUGCAUUAUCAAACACUGGGAUUUAAUGAACAAAAAACAUUUCCACUGUCCUAAAUGUAGAGCAACCAGCCGGAAAAGAAUCCUAAAGCCCAACCGAGAACUGGGAAACAUUGCCAGAAUUGUCCCAAAGCUGGACAAAAAAACCGAAGAAAAAGAAAAGAAAAAAGAGAAGGUAUGCCAGAGGCACCAGGAACCACUAAAAUUCUUUUGCAAAAAUGAUCAGAUGGUGAUCUGUGUGGUGUGUGACAAAUCAGAAAAGCACAAGGACCAUACGGUGUUUCCUGUGGAGCAAGAAUUCCAGGACCAACUGAUAUUUUUGAAGAAAAAAAGAGAAAAACUUCUUAAAUUUCAGGCAAUGAAUGCAGCGAGGAAUACAGAAGCCCUGAAUACAAUCGGUGCUGGGAUUCAGAAAAUAUCCUUGGCUUUUAAGCAGAUUUUUAAAUCCCUUGAGGAACAGAAGCAACUGCUGCUGGCCCAAUGGCACUCACUCCAGACAGCAGUCAAGGAACAGGAAGUUCGUAAUGCCACAAUUUCAGAGGAAAUUUCUUACCUGGAUAGCCUUAUCACUAUGGCAGAAGAAAGAUGGCCAACACUAGAGCUUGAGUUUUUACAGGAGAUGCAGACUGCAUCAGUGAGGUUAAAGCAAAAGAAGUUUCAAGAGUUAGAUGAACUUCCUGAAAUGGAAAAACAGCUUGCUUAUCAAACAAGACAAAAUGAGGCUGUCACAAGUACUUUGUGGAAAUUCGAAGAUGUUCUAACGUCUGUUAGGAAGAAGGAAGAUUCAAGCUCUCCUAUUGCAAAAAAGAGGAAAUCGGAAGACCAAGCAGCCGAUGAUGCUGUUGAUUAUAGCCCAGAAAGAGGAAUGCAUUCCUCACCAUCUCAGCAGCCUGAUCAAAAGGCACCAGUAGGAGAUAUUGGGUCGGUGAAGGAAAUUUUGGGCGUUUUGAAUGCGAAACGCUCCUUUCCUUUCCUUUCCGACACCCCACCCCUCUCCGUUUUCGCCCUCUGGAGUGUUGCAGAGGAGCUGGUUGGAGGCGGACGGAGGCCCCUGCCCAGCUGGUUGUUGCUCGUCCGGACCAUGGGGGAUCCUGGGAAACCCUCGUCUCGGGUUCAGAACAGCCCUGAGCAACGAACCUCCGAGUCGAAGUUGUCGGAAGGGCUGCAUCUGCAAGCAAUCGAAGGGUUGUGGGGAGAACCCUUGUGUGAAAAGCAUCGCGAGCCCCUCAAGGUUUUCUGCAAGGAGGACUGCGCCUUCAUCUGCUUGGUAUGCGCCAAAUCCCAGAAGCACCGAGGCCACCUGGUACGUCCCGUCGAGGAGGCAGCUCAAGAUUACAAGAAAGAGAUCCAGAUCAAGCUACAGAAUCUGAAGCUGUGGAGAACGGAUGUUGAAAGAUCAAAUCAGACUCAGGAGAAGCAAAUGGCCGUGUAUUUGGAAGACAUCAAAGCAGAGAGAAGAAAGAUUGCACAGGCAUUCCAGCAACUCCGCUCAUUUCUAGAAGAGCGAGAAAAUGGCUUCUUGGCUAAAUUGAGUGACCUGGAGAAGCAACAGGAUGAAAGUAGCACCAGACUUUCAAACAACAUUUCUUUUCUCAAUGAUCUGAUCUGUGACCUAGAGAAGCAGUAUUGGAGGCCUGCGGGUGAAUUUUUGAAGGACCUCAAGGAAACUUUAAGCAGGUAUGAAAAGGGUGCACUCCUUUGCUUCCAAGAGAAACCUGUUAACCUGGAAAAAGAUCUCAGGGCCAUCUCUCAGCAAAGUGAUCUAUUAAUGGAAAACUUCAAGACAUUUAGAGAAUCACAGAUGGACGAAUUGCAGAAAAGCAAGACCCAAAGACUUAAUGCUGCCCUCCUGAGUCAGCCUGAUCAGCCCCAGACCUUCUGGCCACCAUUUCAUAAUGAUGCCCUGAGAGCAGACAAGAAAGUCUCCCCAGUCAGUGUGACCCUAGAUCCACGUACAGCCAAUCCCCAUCUCUUCCUCUCCUUGGAUCAGAAGACAGUCACGCACCGGGAUCACACGCAGGCCUUGCCGGACAAUCCUGAGAGAUUUGAUGCAGAGUUCUUUGUGCUGGGCUGCGAAAGCUUCUGCUCUGGGAAGCACUCCUGGGUGGUGAACAUCAACCAGGGGCAGAACUGGGCCAUUGGCAUCGCCCAGGAGUCUGUGAGGAGGAAGGGGAGCCUCAGCCUGAACCCACAGCAAGGCGUUUGGGCAGUGCAGCAGUGCUGGGGCCAGAUGCAAGCCCUGACCUCUCGCUGGACACCCCUGUUCCUGCUCAGGAAGCCCACGAGGAUCAGAGUAUAUCUGGAUUACGAGGGAGGAUGGGUGGCCUUCUUUGACGCAGAGUUGGAUGCUCCCAUUUUUACUUUCCCACCCACCUCGUUCAAGCAAGAGAGGAUUCACCCUUGGUUCUGGGUGGCAUCUGGAUCUCAGCUCACCUUAUGCCCCUGAAAUUAUGCCAGGCAUUUUGGAUUUCAGCAGUUUGAGAAGGCCUUGUGUAACACAAAGCAGUAAUGUGACAAUUGCUUUGGAACUACUUUGGUUAACUAUGUCAGCAGAGAAACGACUACUGUUUGAAUUUUUAGUGAAGCAUUAAACGUCACUGAAAACGCCAGUCAGGGAUAUGUUUUAAUGGAAGGAGUUGCAAUUGUAUAAAAUGGCUUUUGACUAGCAAAAAGCUCUGAUGGAAGGGAAAAAAAUAGCGAUUUGGAAAUGCUUACAUAGUUGGACACACUUCUCUCCCAGUAGAGUUGUUCUCCCAUACCACUCUGUGGCAGACUACAAAAUAAAAUAAAUGUGCUGGAGUGGAUGCCUAGUCAAAAUAUAAAACUUAUAUUUCUAGUCCUCGUGGCUGUGCUUCGGAAAAAUUGUGAGAUGGCAGUUUUAAUUAAGAAUAUAGAAUCAAACUGAUGGCAACCUGUCUUUUUGGCAAAUAUGAAGUCAAAGCUUUCAACAGAGAAAUUUCUGGGACAUUGUAGAUAAUUUAUACUCCCAUCUCCCUCUCUGCUCAUGCACUGGAGGCAGAAGAGCUUUGUGUCUUGAAACUCCUGCAAUCUUCCCUUCCACUCAUUUUCUUCUGCUGGAAAGGCUUCCUGUAUCUAUCCCAAUGCCGAGAUUUCUGUGUGAAGUAAAUUGCAUCUCAACUACUAGCAGAAUUUGCUUAGUUUUUCCACCUAGUUUUGGAAGUUAUCUCUGCACUGAGUUGGAAAAACAUGUAAAUUUUAAAAAUGAAUCAUGCAAGCAAAUACAAUGAUAUAUCCAUUUAUGUAAGGCUAUUCCAUUGCACAAUGCAAAUAUUUGAAUUGUACCGUCAUACAGAUGAUUGGGGGUUUUUUGGUUGCAAGGUUUAACACUUUUUGUAACUAAUCUUGCACACGGACACUGACUGAAAAAAAAAAUCCAUGUCACUACUGUGAAUAACACCUAAUUGCUUCAAA